AAUUACUCGUACUAGCAAAAUGUCGAAAUUAGUACACGGAGUACAUGUGAGUUGAGAGACUAGUGACUAAAAAAACCAACCCAUUUUCAUUUCAGUUUGAUUGCUAUUAUCGCCACCCGAAAUAAAUUCUGGAAAAUCUCUCUCCACUUUUGUCCGAUUUCUUUCCUUAUUUACAGAUUUUCUUCCAUGUCCAAAUAUUAAAAAAAAAAAUCCCUUUUUUUGUUAUUCAAACAAUUUCUUCACCAAUCUUAGCACAGACAAUACCAGCAACAACACACAGAAAAGCAGUAGGUGCUAGAAAGUGACCAUCAAUCAAACUCCCCCCCAAAUUCUCUCUCCUCCAUUCUUAAAUCUCAAGUUUUCUUCCAACAAUUCUAUUUUUCUGGUUGAUUGCUUAAUCUUACCCACCCACCUCUUUCCUACCGUCUCUUUAACUCCAUCAUCAACUUUCAUCCGCCAUUGUUAUACCCUUCAAGCUCCCCCCAUUAAAAAUGAAGCAGCUCUCUCUGCUUCAACAACAACAAGCUACUCGCCGGAGUAACAGUUUCAGGUCAGUAGACGGCGGCGGAGUUGACGGAGCUAUGAAAUCUCCGGCGACAUUAUUCUGGGUUUUACUUCAUGGGUUAUGCUGCUUAAUUAGUCUUGUUUUAGGUUUUCGAUUUUCUCGUUUAAUUUUUUUCCUUCUAUUUUCAUCGACUUCUACUUCUCCAAACUCUUCAUCUUCUACUAUUACAGUACCAUUUUUCAGAACCCUAGAAACUCGAUCUCCGGCGAUUCUUCAACCGCCGAUUCCGGCGAAUCGGACGGUGGCGAGUCGGGUGGUUGUCGGGCGACAUGGGAUCUUGAUCCGACCAUGGCCGCACCCGAAUCCGGAGGAAGUGAUGCGCGCUCAUCGGAUUCUGGAAAGAGUUCAGAAAGAACAGAGGAUGCAAUAUGGUGUGAAGGAACCUAGGACUGUAAUUGUGGUCACUCCUACUUAUGUUCGAACUUUCCAGGCUCUUCAUUUGACUGGUGUUAUGCAUUCUCUUAUGAAUGCUCCUUACGACGUCGUUUGGAUCGUCGUCGAGGCCGGUGGACCUACUAAUGAGACUGCUACAUUGAUUGCCAAGUCCAGGUUGAAGACUAUCCACACUGGAUUUAACCGGCAGAUGCCGGUGUCUUGGGCAGAUCGUUACCGGGUGGAGGAUCUUAUGAGGGUUCAGGCAUUGAGAUUGGUGAGAGACCGGAAAUUGGAUGGUCUAGUGGUUUUUGCUGAUGAUAGUAAUAUGCAUAGUAUGGAGUUCUUUGAUGAGGUGCAGAAAGUGAACAAUAUUGGGGCUCUUUCUGUUGGGAUUCUCGUGCAUUCAGGUGAUCCUAACGAGCCUUUGCAAACGGAGAAGAUGGAGAACGAAGAGAGUUCAUUGCCUAUCCAGGGUCCAUCAUGUAAUGCAUCGGACAGUUUAGUAGGUUGGCACACUUUUGAUACAAGUCCUUAUGUAGAGAAGAGCUCGGUUCACAUUGGAGACAUAGGGACUGUUUUACCAAGGAAGGUUGAAUGGGCUGGGUUUGUGUUAAAUUCAAGGUUGCUUUGGAAGGAUAAUGUUGAUGAUAAGCCGGAAUGGAUGAAGGAUUUGGAUGUUUUGGCUGAUGAGAGCGUAGAAAGCCCCCUUUCACUACUGAAAGAUCCCUCUGUAGUAGAACCUCUUGGAAGCUGUGGCCGCAAGGUUUUGCUUUGGUGGCUUCGCGUAGAAGCUCGAGCUGAUAGCAAAUUUCCUCCUGGAUGGGUAAUUGAUACUCCUUUAGAGAUAACCGUCCCUGCUAAACAUACACCAUGGCCAGAAAUUCCUCCUGAACUCCCGUCCAAUGAGAAGGUGAUAGCUACUGAACAGCAGCACUUUGUCGAAGAGCGUGUUGUGAAACGGCCUCCAAAAACUCGAACCAGAAAAAGAAGUUCACGCAGUAAGAAAAAGCGUGAAGCUAGAGUUGCAGAGACAAGAUUUUCUUCUAGAAAUACAGGAGAUUAGUAAGAACCUUCUUUUUCAGGGAUAUCUUCUUAUUGAUUGCACCCUUAUUGUUUAGUCCCAUAUUCCGAGCCCUCGUACAUGAAAGAGAUCCAGCGGAAAGCAGUCAAAACAUAUACAACCUAGUAUAUAAGCAGAAGUUCAAGAUGAGGUUUUGUAAAAUUGGGUUGGUUGAUAGUGUGUAUUUAGUUUUCAUCCUCAUUUGGUUAAUUCUUUUUCUUUUUCUUUUCUUUUUUUAAAUUUUUCUCCACCUUUCUGCAUUUUUUAUUUUAAAUUUUGGUUGAGUGUUCUUAGGGUUCUUAAGCAAGGCCUGUCAACAAGUUAAUCUACCUUCUUGCCCUAGGAAACCAUUUGUAUUCAUACAUCCUUCAAAUCUAUACAUACCACCCCUUGAUAUACAGAUUUACAGAUUGGGCUUGCAAAUUUCGAUGAAUGAUUGAUUAUGCUGCUAUGAAUGAAAAUUAGAAAUGGGAUUGUUUGUGCU